ACAACCCUGCCCGAAUUUCGUAAUUCGAAACGAACGAUUUCAGCCGGCGAAGAACAGUGGAAAAUGUCCGCAUCGACGGAUCAGGAUCCUGUGGAACUUAUGCUAAAAAAGACGGGCUGCAUAGAGCUCCACUACAAGGUGCAAGAGUGCAUCGCCGAGACGGGAGACUGGAGAGCUUGCCAGGACAAAGUAAAGGAGUUCAAAGCGUGCAUGCAAAAGUACGUGGAACAACAGAGCCAGAAGUAUGCCCACGUCAAGUAA